UGGGUGUACCGCGCAGGCCGCCUGCUGUCUCCACGAGAGAUCGAGUUCCAGGUCCAGAGGAUCCUGGACGACUCCUCACCUCCACACACUGGAGAGGAGAAACUGGGAGCUCUCACUGCUGGAGACAGGGUUCCUUGGUCCCACAUCAGGAAGCAGCACUUCGGCUCCGGCAUCAACAAGCGCUCGCUGGAUGCCAUCGAGAGGGCGGCGUUCUUCGUUACGCUGGACGAUCAGGAGCAAGGCAUGAGGGGGGAGGACCCGGCGGGAAACCUGGACCGCUACGCCAAGUCGCUGCUCCACGGGAAAUGUUACGACAGGUGGUUCGAUAAAUCGUUCUCUAUUGUGAUCUACAAGAACGGGAAGAGCGGACUGAAUGCAGAGCACUCCUGGGCCGACGCUCCCACUGUGGCUCACCUGUGGGAGUACACCCUGGCCACAGACGCCUUCCAGCUGGGCUACACUGAGGACGGGCACUGUAAAGGGGAGGUGGACCGCUCGCUGCCCCACCCUCAGAGGCUCCACUGGGACAUUCCCUCGGAG